ACCAAACCACCAUGAAUCCAGAAUUUCUGCUCUGGAUGAGGCAGGACCAGAUCCUUGCUUCUUGGUUGCUCUCAUCUCUUUCUGAGCCAUUGCUUGUCACCACGGUUGGUUUGACCACCUCAAGAGAAAUCUGGGAGAGCCUCGAGAUAGGAUUCUCAAGCCAAUCUAAGGCAAGGAUCUUGCAGCACAAGUUAAAGCUGCAGACACUAAAAAAAGGCAAUCUCAACAUGAGGGACUAUCUGAAUCAAAUCAAGACUUGUUGUGACACACUAGCAGCUGCUGGCCAAAGUGUGAGUGAUGAAGAGCAAGUGAUGCACAUCCUGGCCGGGUUAGGACAAGAAUACAACCCGGUUAUGGUCUCAAUCAUGUCCAAACUUGAGACACCAGUUCUGAGAGAUGUCCACUCACUAUUGUUGA